CUUCUUGGCUUUCUAUCAACUCAUACGACGACGACGACGACAACGAUGCCGCCGAGGAAGAGGAAUGUGGCAGCAGCCUCUACCGCAGCCUCGGACGACGGUGAAAAGAAGGAAGGCGUAGCUGCAGCGAGCGCGACAACUGCUCCCUCGCCCACGCAGCAACGCCAGCAGCUGCCCGCCUUUGUUCGCUACUUCCUCGUCUUCACGGCUAUCGCCUGCUUUGCCUUUGUCGCAUACGACCAAUACCCACAAUGGUCGCAGACAGCGCAGUCCUUUUCACCAGCUGCACCUCCCAGCUCUGGCCAGUCGGGCAAGCACCGACAGGAGCAGCCUCAGGCCAGCCCUGACGCUGAUCGGGCCGCCAAGCUGCAGGAGGAGAGGAAGAAGGUGAUGGAGCAAAUGAAGGAGGAGUUUGAGCAGUGGACGCCCAAGCCUGCUCUGCCCUUCUUCGUUCCUCCCAAGGAUCUGCCCAGCAAGCCCGUCAAGGGUGCAGAUGUGCCCAAGCGCGAUGCUGUCAAGAAGGCCUUCCAAUCGUCGUGGGCUGCCUACGUCGACGAGGCGUGGGGAGCAGAUGAAUACCACCCGAUUUCGCACACUGGGUCCAAUCUGAGCGUUGACGGAGGCAUCGGAUACACGAUUGUCGACUCACUCGACUCGCUGCUCAUUCUCGGCGAGCAGGACGAGUACCGUCGAGCUCGCGACUGGGUCAAGACCAACCUCGCUGGUGGUCUCCAAAAAUGGGAGAGGCAUGGACGCUACAAUGUCUUUGAGACUGUCAUUCGCACAUUGGGAGGCCUUCUCUCAGCGCACGCCUUCUGCAGCGAGCGCCCCUCCAAUUUGCCGGACACGACCUCUCCCUUCCACCACCUGUGCGACCCAGGAGACGCAGACAUGUACCUCGACACAGCCUCUCACCUUGCCAACCAGCUUCACCCGGCCUUCGACACGCCCACUGGCAUUCCCAAGCGUGAGGUCGACUUCUACUCGGGAGACGCCUUCGCCGACGAGGACAGCAACGGUGCUGCGAGCCUGGCGGAGGCUACUACCGUGCAACUCGAAUUCAAGUACCUUUCGUUCAGAAACAGCGACCCUUCCCUCUGGAAACUAGCAGAGCGUCCUCUUCAAGCGGUACGCACGGCCACGCGCUCUGGAACGCAGGAUGGCUUGCUCCCCAUCCUUCUCAGCUUCGAUAGCGGCUUGUUCUACCUCUCCCCGAUCCGCCUAGGCUCGCGAGGCGACUCGUACUACGAGUAUCUCAUCAAGCAGUACGUCCAGACGAAUCGCUCUGAGCAGGUCUAUAGAGAUAUGUUCGAUCGCUCCGUCUCAGGCAUCAAGAAGCAUCUGGUGAAGCAGAGCACAGCGAGCGCGCCGCCGUACCUCUUCACUGCGGAGAUCAUCCCGCAGAUGCGCAUGCAGGGACAGGAGAGGCCGGCCUUCCAGCUGUUGCCGAAACAGGACCACUUGGUCUGCUUCUUGCCUGCGGCAAUGAUGCUUGGCGCGCACGAGUACGGAGCACCGUCUGUCUGGCCGGAGUUGGACGAAGAGGCGACCGCAAUGGGCAAGCCGACGGUGCGCGAGGAGGACUGGGCAGUGGGACACGAGCUGCUGCGAGGAUGCAUGGCUACCUACCAGGGCACCCACACCGGCCUGAGCCCGGAGAUCGCCCACUGGCGCACGAUGAUGGACCCACAGCACGCAGAGGAGGAUUGGUAUAUCAAGCAGUCAAAGGACGGCGAGCCUCUCAUUGACGCUCGCAACAUCCUGCGACCAGAGACUGUCGAGUCUCUCUACGUCGCCUUCCACCUGAGCGGCGAUUCGAUCUACCGCGAGUGGGGUUGGGAGGUCUUCCAGGCCUUUGAGAAACACUGCAAGCUUGAGAAUGGAGCAUACGCCGGGAUCAAAGAUGUCGAUCCUGAUGACCUCGAAGAGGUCGAGCACGAGGACAAGAUGGAGACCUUCUGGCUUUCAGAGACGCUCAAGUACCUGUACCUGCUCUUUGAUGAUCAGGCGACGUUGCCGCUUGACAAGUGGGUGUUGAACACUGAGGCACACCCGCUGCCCAUCUUUGCGCCGACGCAGGAGACUGGCGUGGUAUGAUUGGGCGAAAGAUCGACAUGAGGGAAGACGAGGUUCAUACGAUGGUAUACUCUAUUAUAGCGUGAGCUUCUGCCUAAUCUGCAAGACAAUCUCAUUCCAGAGACGCCUCCC